UGCCCGUCACCACUUUCCUUCAAUGCUUUCGAGUUCGCGUAACGAACCCGACAUUCGUCGGCUCAAAAACGCGUAUGAAUGGUCAACAAUGACCCCACUGUUUCUCCAAUAAUCUCAGCCCCGCAGCUAUAUAUCGAAUCUCCAGGACGACCUUUAGAGUCUCAGAAGUACGAGGAGCAAGAAACAACGAUUUGACAGAGGUGAUACCCUGCAAUUUCUACCACCGGAGGUGCCCGGCGACGACCUUGGCUGUGGCGCACAACCCCACCGUUGGGAGCACGAGCUCGGUCGUUCGACAUCGAAGCCAUGCGGGUCUUGCUGUGCAUGCUCGCGCUGAUCCCGCUCGCCGCGGCGGAGUGCACGUGCGACAGCGGGGAAGAGGGCCGCAACCGGAGCCAGGCCCUCAAGUACAAGCUCGCGGCGAUCGCGUCCAUCCUCGUGGCGGGCGCGAUCGGGGUGUGCCUGCCCAUCCUCGGGAAGAGGGUCCCGGCCCUGCACCCGGAGAGGGGCAUCUUCUUCAUCAUCAAGGCAUUCGCGGCCGGGGUGAUACUGUCCACCGGGUUCAUACACGUCCUCCCGGACGCCUUCGACAGCUUGACCUCGCCGUGCCUGAACGAGACCCCGUGGGGGAAGUUCCCGUUCGCGGGGUUCGUGGCGAUGCUCGCCGCCCUCGGGACGUUGAUGGUGGACACCGUCGCCACCUCUUAUUAUAAGAAGUUGCACGCCAGCAAGGCCGGACCGGACAAAAGCGUGGUCUUGGACGAAGAGAAGGCCAGGGAAAACCCAGGCGAUGUACAAGCGCACACGCACGCAACUCACGGCCAUUCUCACGGUCCGAUAUCGACGGACUCGGACUCGGAUCUCCUGCGGCAUAGAGUGAUAUCUCAGGUGCUAGAGCUGGGGAUCGUGGUGCACUCAGUGAUCAUAGGGAUCUCGUUGGGAGCUUCAGAGAGUCCAAGCACAAUCAGGCCUCUUGUUGCUGCCUUGAGCUUUCACCAAUUCUUUGAAGGCAUGGGCCUCGGUGGAUGCAUCACUCAGGCCAAGUUUAAGACCCGGGCAAUCGUGAUCAUGGCUCUGUUUUUCUCCCUCACAACCCCAGUUGGGAUUGCUAUAGGAUUGGGAGUCACCAACGUGUAUGAUGAGAACAGCCCGAACGCACUCAUCGUGGAGGGCAUCUUCAACGCUGCUUCUUCAGGGAUAUUGAUUUACAUGGCCCUGGUAGAUCUUCUCGCUGCUGAUUUCAUGAGCCCUAAGUUGCAGAACAAUGGGAGGCUCCUGUUUUUUACCAAUGUCUCUCUUCUUCUUGGUGCCGGUUGCAUGUCUCUCUUGGCUAAAUGGGCUUGAAGCAAAGGAAGCAAAAAAGAGAUCAAACAUAUCAAAGAAGGCAUUUUAGUUGCUUGAAAGGUUUUAGCUUUUCAUAGUCCUAGGCAUUAGUCAAUGAGCAUAUAUGAUUUUUCGACUAUGUCAUGGUGUUUCGAGCUUGAAGGAAACGAUGGUGAAUGUUAUAUAUACACCGAAUAAAUAUGGGUAUGUAUUUAAGUGACAGAUCCCGUCUGAUAUACACACAAGAGAAGUACCUUGACUUAA